AUGCAGGGAGAAUGGAUCAGGAUUUCAGGUGAACACCCGUCAAGACUUCAAAGAUGCCUCAUUAAAGACUUUGAGCUUCGUCCAACUGUGUCUGAGCUCCUGGAGCAUCCAUUCAUCAGACAGGUUCAAGGGAAGGAGAAAGCCCUACAGAAACAAUUAAUGGAGCUCAUAGACCUUCACCAGCAAAUGGGCGCCAUUGAAAAGACAAGGCAUGAACGUAUUCAUACAAAGAAGGAUCAAUACAUGAAGGGCAUGUCAAAUCUGGAUAGCAUAGAUGAUCUGGCUACACUUGAAGUACUGGAUGAAAGUACAGUCACUGAACAGUUGAAAAAGCGUUACAGCAAGGAGCAGAUAUAUACUUACGUCGGAGACAUCCUUAUCGCUGUUAAUCCAUUCCAAAAACUGGAUAUCUAUUCCUCAGAGCAUUCCAAGCUGUAUGUAGGGGCAAAGCAGACAGCCAAUCCACCCCACAUCUUUGCUGUGGCAGACAUUGCCUACCAGGCUAUGAUCACUUACAAUUCAGAUCAGACAAAUAACAGGAUGUUGCAGGAGAAGAUUCUCCAGGUAAAUAACCUGUUAGAAGCAUUUGGAAAUGCCUGCACAGUCAUCAACAAUAACUCCAGUAGGUUUGGCAAGUACUUGGAAAUGAGGUUUACCAGUGGAGGGACAGUCAUGGGAGCUCAGAUCUCAGAGUACCUGCUCGAGAAGUCAAGAGUCAUCCACCAAGCACCGGGUGAGAAAAAUUUCCAUAUUUUCUACUAUAUCUAUGCUGGCCUGGCACAGAAAAACAAACUAGCUCAUUAUAAGUUAUCCAAGGGUCAACCUCCAAGAUAUCUGCAGGAUGAGAAGAUAACAAUGAUAGAAGAAAUAGUAAACAAUUUUUUCUACAAAGCCCAGUUUGAAGCUCUUGAACAGUGCUUCAAAGUUAUUGGUUUCACUGUCGAGGAACUGGGGAACAUAUACAGUAUUCUGGCAGCCAUCUUGAACAUUGGUAACAUUGAGUUUACUUCAGUUGUGACAGAGCACCAGACUGACAAAAGCAAUAUUGUUAAUUUUGCGGUUCUGGAAAAUACCUCUUCAUUGCUGAGUAUCCAAACAGAUGAGCUACAGGAAGCUCUCACGUCUCAUUGUGUAGUGACUCGAGGAGAAACAAUUGUGCGCCCCAACACAGUCGAGAAAGCAACCGAUGUCAGAGAUGCGACAGCCAAGGCUUUGUAUGGUCGUCUCUUCAGCUGGAUAGUCAACCGCAUCAAUACCUUACUAAAGCCAGAGACAUUUCUGAGUGAUGCUGAAAAUAACGUGGACAAAGGAACCUACAUUGGGAUUCUUGAUAUAUUUGGCUUUGAGAACUUUAAGAGAAAUUCCUUUGAACAAUUAUGCAUUAAUAUUGCCAAUGAACAGAUUCAGUUCUACUUCAAUCAACACAUCUUUGCCUGGGAACAGAAUGAAUAUCUGAAUGAAGGUGUGGACGCUCGAUUAGUUGAAUAUGAAGACAACCAGCCACUAUUGGAUAUGUUUCUGCAGAAGCCCCUGGGCCUUCUCUCAUUGCUGGAUGAAGAAAGUCGAUUUCCCCAAGCCACUGACCAAACACUAGUCGGGUUCCUGUUUGCCAGUGAAAAUGCAAAGACCCUGAACUUGCUGGCACUUGUUUCUCAGUGUUUUCCUGACUGUGUUGCAGUGUCGGACACCUCAUGGAGUCUGGUGGCAGAAUGCAAAGCUGCACCAGUUCCAAUCACUUACACUGGGGAAGUUCUUUAUAAUGCCAGUGGCUUUCUCGCAAAGAAUCGAGACACUUUGCCAGCAGAUAUUGUCCUGCUUUUGAAGUCAUCUGACAAUAAAAUUACUCGACAGGUUGUAACACACCCACUUACAAAAUCAGGAAAUCUGACUCGUUCUAAGAGCAAACGUGCAACAGUCCCCCGAGUUCGAACUCCUCAGCGUUCUAUGAACCAUUCAAAGACAUGCCACCAAGAAAAGCGACAGCUCCUAGACCCUUUCAAGAAGUCAGCACCUCACAACAACUUGCGUCACUCAUUCCACCAGUCACAAACACAGGAUGACAAUGGAGAGUCUGGAAAUCCUCCCAGAGAAGCCACGAACAUGAAAACACAGACUGUUGCUUCUUAUUUCAGGAUGGUGGGUGGGCUGCCUCAUUUUGUGCGUUGCAUCAAACCGAACAAUGAUCGCCAGGCCAAGAAGUUUGAUCAAGAAAAGGUGUUGGUGCAGCUACGAUACACGGGUGUUCUGGAAACAGCCCGAAUCCGUAGACAAGGAUAUUCACACCGCAUUCUCUUUGCAAAUUUCAUUGAGAGAUACUACCUUCUUGCAUUCAAGUCAGUUGAAGAACCUCCAGUGAAUCCUGAGAUAUGCAUUGCCAUUUUGAAAAAAGCUAAACUGGACAACUGGGUCCUAGGGAAGACCAAAGUGUUUCUUAAAUACUACCAUGUGGAACUGCUAAACCUCAUGGUAAAAGAACUUCUGGAUCGAAUAGUUCUGAUGCAGGCCUACGUGAAAGGCUGGCUUGGGGCAAAAAGGUACAGAAGAUUGCAGGAGAAGAGGCAGCAGAGUGCAAUUGCCAUUCAGUCUGCUGCGAGAGGAUAUCUGAGCCGAAAAGUAUACAAAGAGAUGCUAGAAGAACAGAACAAUGCCGCAGUUAAGAUCCAGGCCCACUACAGAGGCUACAAGGACAGAAAGGUUUUGAAUAAGCCAAUCCAGAAAAGGGUGCUGUCAGGUCAGGCUGCAAAUGCAACCAAUGCGGAGGAUGAUGAGGACAAAGCUGCAAAAGUUAUUCAGAGCAACUAUCGUGGGCACCGAGAGAGAAAACACCUGGAGCGUGAGGGAAAGCUUCCUGAUCGAGGAAAAAAUAUUGGAAAUUCUGCACAGCAAAGUCAAGAAAAAGUACAAGCUAUGAACAGAGAGGGGAAUGGACUACAAGGGAACAAGGUGCCAGGUAAAACCACUGAAAGAGGAAAAGCUAUCAACGAACCACAUCAGCCACAAAAGGAAAUUCUUGCCAGUGAAGAGUCAGAAAAGGGGUCCACUGUACAGCCAGGCACUGCCAAAGGGGAUAAAGAGCAAGCAGCGGUGAAAAUUCAAAGUAAUUACAGAGGCUUUAAGGAAAGAAAACAAAUUCAAGAAUGUACUGAAAGGGAAGGAGAAAUGUUUGCAAACUUUUCAAAGGAGAUAGCAAAACGUUCUGAUGAAUUCUUGAUUGCCCAGAAGAAGCUGAAUGAUGUCAUUUCCUCACACUAUCUGACGUCUAAGACCCAAGAUCUACAACUUGUGAAUAAGCAAUCAAAUGGGAGUCCUUUGUCACAGCAGUCUCAGCCAGGUCCCAAUAAAGUACGUGACCAGAAACAGCAAAGAACCCCCAGACGGACCCAACCACCGAAGACUGUAAAUACACCUGAAAGCAGCACGUACUACAAUAUCAUUCAUAGGUCAGUGCAGGAUGGGAAGAGAAGACCCCGGAAAGACAGCCAAGUAAAGUUGCUGGAUGAAGAUGAUCGCUACUACGGAGAAAUUACUCCCGGUGAUUCCACGUCUAAGGAUAACACUAAAACAACAGGGAGAAUACCUUCAUCACAGCCCAGAUCCACAAACCCCGCCCACUCCAACAGAACAUCGGUUCCACAAGAAGAAGUUCAAGAUGAAGAUAAUCCAUAUGACUAUAGAAAACUGCUUCGUAAAACCUCCCAAAGGAAUCGUCUUAUUGAGCCUUAUCAGGAAACAUUCCUGCAACGGCGUCCAUCCUCAUCCCGUCUUCCGUCCCCCUCUCCUCUCUUUGCCGCUUUUCGUUGCAAAGUAACUGAGAUCCAGAUCAAUCUGUGCUUCAGAGAGAGGGUAAUAAAACCAGGAGUCCUCUUCUCACGCUCAAUCCGAACAUCAUCUGAUGGAGUAGCCAGGAGCAGCGCAAUCACCCAGCUUUAUCAGCUCAGGGCUCUGAAAGAGAGAAACAAGAUCGGCUCCGUCUCCUCAACUCAGGACAGCCCCUCCCACACUCCUCCCCGUCUGGGAGCUGUGUGA